GAACAAGAACGUGACGCAGUUGAAAAGAGGAAGGAUUUGCGCUGUUGUAUUCAGACUGUUGACGUGGCUGAAAAGAAACAACAACAACAUGAUUGGGAAGAUUUUCUUGCUUCUUUUUGUGGCAGUUUGCGCCAAGCAGCAUUCAAUGCCAGGCGGGGUGACAGAUAUGACUAUUGCUGAUUUCAAAAACAGUCAGGCGGCUCAGAGUGCUCUGAAUUAUGCCGUCGCUGCGUACAACAAACGCUCCAACAGCUUGUUUCAUUUCGCCGUGUUGAAUGUGGUCAGCGUUCAGAAGCAGGUGGUAGCUGGAAUACGGUACAUUAUUACUGUGGACAUGGCGAGAACAACGUGUAGGAAGUCUAACACAGAACUAACAUGCCUGAAUCAAUCAGUCAGUGGAAAUCCUGCAGUUGAGCGGUGCAAAUUUGAUUUGUGGUCACGUCCAUGGCUAAAUUCCAUUAUUCUUCAGGAUGAAAACUGCACUAGAUCAUGGGACAACAUGGAAACUGCUUAGUAUCGACAUUUGCUAACUGUAAUGCUUUUUUCCCCACAUAUUCAGCGCUUUGACUAGCUGUGAAUGUCAUCUGAAAGUAUAUCGCAGAAACAGCUGCUGUCAUGUAUUCAUUUAGAGGAAUUGUGUUAAUUUAGAGAAAUAACAUUGUAAUGAUUUUUGAUUUACUGAAUCAUCACAUACCACCACUAAUAGAACGAGGUCACAGAUCAGAACUGAGAAAUGAUCGGUGAAGGAAAAUCAAAGAACUGCAUAAUGAACAUUUUGAGAAUAAUUUAGGGAUUAAAAAAAAACACACACUAAAUUUAAAAAAAAAAAAAUGUGGUUUGAUUUAGUAAUAGGGGUGGGUGGAAGAAAAUUGAUCC